AUGCCACUCACAGUCGCAGUUUCGCAGUCUCGUACACUCGCUACCCUGAGUAAAACCCUUGCUGCCCUCGAGUGCACCACCAUCAUUGCCGCCCGUCAAAACGUCCACCUGCUCCUCUUCCCCGAAGCCUAUCUAGGCGGAUAUCCACGGACCUGUUCCUUUGGUGCUGCUGUAGGUUCGCGCCUUCCAAUAGGCCGUGAUCAAUUUCUCGAAUACUUCAAAGCGGCAGUGGAUUUGGGCGAUACACCCGUUGGCGCCGGGGAAGACUGGGUGCAACGGCGACUGGAGGUAGCAGCUGGCAAAUCCCACCGUGGAGAUGGGACGCGCGAAUUCCUCGAGCGUGUUUCAGCCGAAACAGGCGUCUUCAUUGUAACUGGAUUGGUUGAACGGGCUGGAGGGAGUUUAUAUUGUUCUGUUGUUUAUGUUGAUCCUAUUCGGGGUAUCCUAGGGAAGAGAAGAAAAGUCAUGCCAACUGGUGCAGAACGUAUGAUUUGGGCCCAGGGCUCUCCGUCCUCUCUCCGUGCCGUCACAACAACUCUCAACGGCGUCUCGCUCACUCUAGGCUCCGCUAUCUGCUGGGAGAAUUAUAUGCCCUUGCUACGCCAAAGUCUGUACUCGCAGAACGUGAACAUCUACCUCGCUCCAACAGCAGACGCCCGUGAUACCUGGCUCCCACUUAUGCGCACAGUCGGGGCUGAGGGUCGAUGCUUCGUCCUAUCAGCAAAUCAGUGUGUGCGUCGAUCUGAGCUACCGGAGUGGAUAACUGGCGAGGAUCAACCGCAAUCAAGCGACUCCGAUUAUGUUUGUCGCGGUGGAAGUUGCAUUAUCUCCCCGCUGGGCGAGGUUCUCACUGAGCCAAUAUGGGAAGUCUGCACUGAUGAUGCCGCUGAGCUUGGCAAAGAAGACGCCGGCUUGGCUAUUACCCAUAUCAAUUUAGAUGAUUGUGAGCGUGGAAGAUUGGAUAUGGAUGUAGCCGGCAGCUAUUCUCGCAAUGACGCCUUUAAGCUAAGCGUUGAGGGGCUAGAUCUAGCACCGCCGCCGUUGUAG